GUUUGUGUCACGUGGUAUUGUUUGGCUAGUGUUUUGGUCUGAGGCGUGGAGGCUGUGUCCAAAUGGCAAGAAAUGAAGAGAAACAACAGGGUCGACUGAACAGACUGUGGCUUCAGAAGGAGAGAGAAGAGGGACGCCUCAAAGAUGUUCAUGAAAAAAGACCCAGGCUGUCAUCUCUCAAUUCGGCAUCUUCUGUGAAGAAGUGGAUCCCCAGCAUCAAAAAGGAUAUUGAGUAUUAUCUACAGCAGUCCCAGCUCUCCCAUUACCCUGAGAGGAAGAUAGCGGAGUUCCAUCUACAGAUUGAGACUUUGGAAAAAGAAUACAAAAGCUUUGUUUCCAAACUACGAGUCCUUGAUCCCUCAUGUAAACAUAAACCAUGGACCCCUCGAGCAUAUUGCAAAAGAAGAGCAGACCCACAAGAUUCUCUGAAGGAUGAGAAAAUCCCUCGGUGUACGGAGUCAGGUGACGGCAGCAGCAGCCAGCAGAGUGGAAGUGAGAGUGACUUUACCAGCAGUCGAUUCAGAAGUUUGCAGUCCUCUCUCGCCGAGGGACCUCCCACCUUCUCACACACUCAGAGUGAAGCGCCUCUCAGUUCUGAAACCUCACCGCGAGUCUGUGCAGACCAGGACCAGCCCCUUUCAUUUGACCAGACCCGGCUUGCUGUGGCUGCUGCUGCGUUUAGAGGUCCGUCAGUUCAAACCAUUUCCUCUCAAACACAGAAACUCGCCAGGCUUUUGCAGUCUGGGCUACCAAAUCUUAGUAAUUCUCAGUCCAGACAGACAUUACAGGAAAGAGACGCAAAGAACAGUGAGGUCUCAGCACAGCGUCCUGCUGCUGGCCACAAUACGUCACACAACAGUAAAGACACAGAAAGGAUAUCUGGGAAACUUUCCAGUAAUGGAAUAGCAGAGGAGCGGACCGGUCACGUCCUGGGAUUAGACUGUUACUCUUCUUCAGAUGAGGACUGUGACACAUGAUUGUGAACAAUUAUGCAUAUUUUCUGUUCAUUUUGUAUUGCAGUUACUCACUAAUAAAUAUUAUUCA